GUAACAGUAAGUACAUAGCUACGUUUUGUUUCCUACCAUAAACAGCCUUACCACCCAAUCAUUCGUGUGAAUAGUAUUAUAAUUUAUUGAAGUAUUUCUGUUUUACUCAACAUUAAAACUGUGCAAUGUGUAUUAAUUAUGUUUAAUUUAUAAGAACAUUAAGAUAUUAAUUAAAAAAUGUCUAAUGUAGAAAGUGUUAACUUGAUAUCAGAUUCAAAAAACAUAAUAUCAUCUAAUGAAAUUAUUAACGAUAGUGUACAUACAAUUGAAAUUAUAAGUAAUCAUAUUAGAUCAAAAGCAUUAACUGAGUCAACUCAAUUUAAAUCAUUGUUUACGUGUGGUGGUCAAAGACUGAAUAAACUUCGAUAUGAUAUUGACAUUAAUUAUGCAAUUGGACUAUUAAAAAGAGAAGAUGGAAGUGUUAAUGUGUAUAGUCAUUUACAAGACAUUUUAAAUAAGAUAUUAUCAGAAAGGCCUGCAAAUCCACUAGAAAACUUUGAAAAAUAUAGUAUGUUGUUGAAGCGUACAUAUAUUCAUAAUGAAACUAAUUUUGAACGCGUUUUUGUGGAUAACAUAAACCGAAAUUAUUGCUUUAAAAGUUUACAAAUGUACAAGUGUGCUUCAACAAAACAAUUUGAGCGACAAAAACAAUUUAAUAAAAACAAAAGAAAUAUUAUAAAUUCAGAAAUUGACCAACGAGAAGAGAAGAAAACUACGAAUAAUAUUAAUGCUAUUGCGAAAGUCCAAAAUCUAUGUGAAGUAAACUAUAUGUUUAAUAAAGCUGGUUUUGGACUUCCAAUGGAUGAAGCUUCGUUGAUAUAUCUUACCAUGAAUGAAAUGGCUCAGUUAAAUAAAUUUGAAAGCAUAAGAUUUUGGGGAAAAAUAUUUGGGAUAAAAAAAAUAUAUUAUGUAAUUGAAUGCAAAUGGUCAAAUGAAGAACUAGAGCGUAAAUUAUUGACUGUAAACAGUAUAAGCCAUAACUCAAAAUUAUCAAAACAAAUAGUUAAUGAUAUCGCUGAUAAUAAUUUAUCUCAACAAGAAAUAAAAUCAAUAGAUAUAGAAAAUGCCCAAGAAAUAGGAAAUGAAUAUGAAUCUAACCUAUCAUACUUGGAUGGGGAAAUGACUGAAAAUUCAAUCAAUCAAUUCGAUUCAUGGAUUUCUUUAAAUGACAGUGACAGUUGCAAAACAAUUCCGAAAUCUUCGUCAGAAAUUGUGUUAGAAUCAGAAAUGAUCGGAGUCGGCACAAACAAAAAUGUAUAUUUUGUAACAAAUAAAUUAAAUACCAGAUGGAUUGAACUAGAAUCGAUUAAACCACAUCAUAUAGUUGAAGCGAGAAAAAUAAAACGAUAUUUCACAGGAAAAUUAAAAAAUCCAAUAAAAAGUUUUCCGAAGUUCAAUGGUUCAGAAAAUGAAUAUCUUAGAGCUCAAAUUGCACGAAUAUCAUCGAGUACUCAAAUAUCUCCACGCGGGUAUUAUAUUAUAGAUAAAAAAGAAAAAUCAUGGAAUGAAGUUUCUGACAAAAAAUCUUCUGCUUCAUUACAUUCUAGCACAAAAAUUUCAGAAAAUGAUGACCUUAUUCUCAACGAAAAUUUCAAACCCAUUUCUAAUAAUAAUUUAAUUAAUUCAAGUUAUUGGGUGCAUAAGAAUCCUCAAAUAGACAUGAAUGGAGUAACCAAUAAAUUAGGGUUUUCUAAAUUGUCUGAUACAAAAAAAAACGAAGACAAUUUUGAAGAACUUGAAGAAGAGGAAAAAUUUAGUUAUAGUGAAAAUAUAAUAAAUUCUAAGGAUGAUUUAUUUGGAAACUUAGGAAAUGAUAUCUCUGUUGACAAUACACCUGCGUGGAAAGGUGUUCUAUGCUCUCCUUUGGAUUCUCGCUACUCUCAUACAGUAAUGAAAUCGCAUGUAUGGCCUGGAGCUUUUGCGGUUGCCUAUAAUCUCCAAACUGACUAUAUGUAUAUUGGAUGGGGUCAAAAGCAGGAUUCUAAUACGCUUUAUUCAACUUUUAUUGAAGAAACUAAAUUGGAAAAUGUAACUAUAGAUAAUACCUCUACAGUGGAGUGUCAAGAAUUUACUACAACUCAGAAGAUAGAAAAUGAAAAACACGGUUUACGUAAAAAUAAAAACAAAAACAUUUUUCCACUACAAUAUAAUCGUAAAGCAUACAAGGGAGGUGAAAAAGUUAUUACAUAUUAUACUUAUGAGUAAUAAUAAGCAGAAUGUUCAAUCAUAAAUUGUUAGUAAAGAAUAUCAUACAAAUAUAA